CUCGGUUGCUAAGACAACAGUGGUCCGCUUCGCUCUCUAAAACAAUGUGCAGUCCAAAGUAAAUUUCAGGUUUAAUUAAAUUCAAUAAAUCUCCUGAUAACUGAUAACCCUAGUCAGUUAGACUGGGAAUGCAGGGACGAUACAAUGGCUGUUCCUGUGUGGGCUCUCUCCCUCCCGCUGCCUGCCAUUGUUAUGAUCUCUGUGGGGCUCUAUAUGAUUUUCCUUGCAGCUGUGCUGUGGUGUCAUCACUGUCUCAAGGCCAAGUGUGAUCCUCAGUGUUCAGACUGCUGCGCAAGUUUCUCUCCUUGCGAGUACUGUUUGGUGUGUGCCCAGUCAUGUGACUGCCGUCCACCAUCUCUGCGAUCCUGUCUGGACUAUUCCUGCCCCUCCCCUAAUUGUGCAAUGUGGGAUUGUGCCUGUACCUGUCAGCCUCCAGAGUGCGACUCCAUCAACUGCUUCUGCUUUGAGAUUAAGUUUAAGUAGAAGGGUGGAUGGAAGGAAAAAAACAAUGCCUUAGAAACUCCAAGUGACACUUAAGUAUGUUUCAAGCUAGAAAUUGUGAUUCAGUCUUUGGUUGUUCUGUAUGGUGUCUUAGACAUUACCACACACUUCCUAUUCACAGUCAUUGAACUAAAGUGAAGAUUAAAUGUGCAUUUACUGGGAAUAUGUAGUUAAACUAAAGCAUGUAUGACUAUUUUUUUCAUGUUUAAUAAAACAGCGUAUAUAUUAUAAACACAUACUAUUGCAGUAUAAGGGUUACUGGACAUAUUUCAGUCAUAUUGUGAUACCACUUUCCCAAACUGCUGUAAUUCCUGAAGUACACAAGCAUUACAGAACAAUGGAAAACUGAGGCAAAAGUAACAGCUUUAUUUGUAUGAAUUUGUAGCAUGCUUUUACUUUUAAAACAGUAAGUUUAACUAUUUUUUAUAUUUCAAGCACAAAAGGUCCUAUUUACUUUUUGUAACAUUUUACAUUCCUGUACUUUUUUGUUGUUUAUUUUUUCCAAGUGUGUUUCUCUUUGGCAUCAAUGUAUUUGGUAUGAUGGACAUUUGUGCUUCAGUUGCUGUUCAGUGUAUCUCAUUCUGACACAGAUAUCUCUGAAAUGUCUGGACUGUAUGCUCACCUAUAUAUGAGAUACACUUUUAAUUAUAGAUCAGCUUUUUUAUAUAUACAAACUGUAAAAGUGUAUUAAGAGCUAGUUCAUAUGUUUAAUAAUGUAAUUGUUUACAGGGCAUCAUCUUUGUUGUUACAUAAGAAAUAUGAUCUAAGUAUGUGUGCGUAUUGUAUUAUGUGAAAUAUGAUACAGUAAUGUAUGUAGCCAUAUUCCGAAUGCUUACAACUAACACACUAUGGUUUACAAAGUAAACCUGAUGUGCCACUUCGUAUUGAUGGACCUACUGUUGUCUGUUUUUAUAUAAAUAUGUGCUAUUUUUGUAAUUGGGUAAUGAUUUUUUUUUUUUUUUAAUGAGGCUUUGUUUAUAG